AGAAAAUUUAAAUGUCUUCAGAAGACAAAGAAGCUCAGGAGGAUGAGCUGCUGGCUUUGGCUAGCAUUUAUGACGAAGAUGAGUUUAAGAGAGCUGAGUCUGCCCAAGGAGGAGAAACAAGAAUUUGUCUGGAGUUGCCCCAAAACUUCAAAAUUUUUGUGAGUGGCAAUUCCACAGAAAGCCUCCAGAACAAUGGGUUUGAAUACACUGUUUGCUUUCUGCCUCCCCUUGUGCUGAAUUUUGAACUCCCACCAGACUACCCAUCGACCUCCCCACCGGUGUUUACCCUCAGUGGAAAAUGGCUCUCCCAAGCCCAGCUCAGCGCUCUUUGCAAACACUUAGACAACGUAUGGGAAGAGAAUCGAGGCUGUGUGGUCUUAUUUGCCUGGAUGCAGUUUCUGAAGGAAGAAACACUGAGUUACCUGAAUAUUUCCUCCCCAUAUGAGCUGAAGAUGUGCCAUCAAGGGAAUGGGCAGAGUAGGACACCUUUGGUCCCUCUCGACGCUGAGAAGGACUGUGGUGGUGCAGCAGGCUCUGCAGCAGCUGAAGAAGAAAUCGUCGAUGCAAGAGCUGUGUGGGAUGUGGAAUCGUUGUCGAGUCUGAUUAGGGAAAUCUUGGACUUUGAUCAGGCUCAGAGGAGGAAGUGCUUUAACAGUAAGAUGUACUUGUGCAAUAUCUGCUUCUGUGAGAAGCUGGGCAGUGAAUGUAUGUACUUCACCGAGUGCAGCCAUGUAUACUGCAAAGCAUGCCUGAAGGACUACUUUGAAAUACAGAUCAGGGAUGGUCAGGUCCACUGUCUCAACUGUCCAGAACCGAAGUGUUCUUCUGUUGCUACCCCUGGCCAGGUUAAAGAGUUGGUUGGAGAGCAGUUGUUUGCACGUUAUGACCGCCUGCUUCUGCAGUCUAGCUUGGACCUGAUGGCGGAUGUAGUGUAUUGCCCUCGCCUGGGCUGUCAGACACCAGUCAUGCAAGAACCAGGUUGCACCAUGGGCAUAUGUUCCCGUUGCAACUAUGCUUUUUGUACUCUCUGUAAAAUGACUUACCAUGGGGUCUCUCCAUGUAAAGUUACUGCGGAGAAAUUAAUGGAUUUGCGAAAUGAGUAUUUAGAAGCAGAUGAGGCAACUAAAAGAUUUUUGGAACAACGCUAUGGCAAACGAGUGAUUCAGAAAGCCCUUGAGGAGAUGGAAAGUAAAGAAUGGCUAGAAAAGAACUCAAAGUCUUGUCCUUGCUGUGGUACUCAUAUAGAGAAACUAGAUGGUUGUAACAAAAUGACAUGUACUGGCUGCAUGCAGUAUUUCUGCUGGCUUUGUAUGGGUUCUCUGUCAAGGGUGAACCCAUACAGGCACUUCAAUGAUCCAUCUUCCCCAUGCUUUAAUAGAUUGUUUCAAGCCAUGCAUAUUGAUGGUGAGUUCUGGGAAGUUGACGAUGAAGACUAGUAGCUUUCUCUAGCAACAAAACCUGAACAAACCAGAGACAGAUGCUUUCUAUUUUUGUGUCAAGUUUGUUUGCUUUUCACUUCCAUUAU